AUGGUCACCUUAGCACCAGGUGUGGAUAUUGUCCUUCCUAGAUGCAUCUCCCAAUUUGCUGAGAAUGAAAUCUCUUUCUCUCACCAAGAAACGCUCGAUCAGCAAGGUACUAUGGUUUCUGGACUUGACGCCGCCGAUACCAUCACCAUUCCCACAAAUGCCACUACUGUCGAUGAACACGAACUAAAUAUAACUCACGGUACUAUUAUUCCUGGGACAUCAGACCCCGACUCCCAGCAUCAGGAAAUGACGAUGGAGGUCUUGAAGAUCAUCGAAAGUUAUGGCGUUGAUUUUGAAAAGACGGGCGCUUCCUGGAAGGGCUUUGAGUCGUUUGCCCCAAUUGUACUGGAACAAGUCGCCAAAGAGGAGCCGAUUCGCAUGAUCUUACCUGCUUUCCCGUUCAAGUCACCGAAUGCACGCGACAAAGUGCUGGGGACAAUGCCGGACUUCGGCGAGGAGCUUGCAUUGGCUCACUUGAAUGGACUUUGCCAGAAUAUCGCUGAGGCAUACACACCCGGUGCCUAUGUGUACAUCAGCUCGGAUGGUCUUGUAUACAAUGAUCUCUUGGGCGUUCCUGAUGAAACUGUCUGGGACUAUGGGGAGACUCUGCGAAAGAUGGCCAUCGAGAAAGAGCUGCAUAAUGUCAAAUUCAUCCGUCUUUACGAACUUCUCGAGCACCCUUGGUUCCCAUCUUCAAGUCCAGAAUCAGCGAAGGCAUUUUACCUCGCUCACGCCGGUUGUCUUCGCCGAGAACUGAUGUACACUUUUGGUGACCCGAGCUUCGACGCAACGGAGGCCAUCAAAACCGACAAUGACACUUGUCUCACAUAUCGGGGUUACAUCAAGUUUCUGACCAAAGACCUAGUUCAUCAAGAAGAGUCCAAAUUCUUAUCCAAACGCGCCCGGCAGACACAGAUUGCAGAGACAGCACGACAGAUGAUCAUCCGGGGUAAGAUGUUCGCCGCUGCCAUCAGAGCCAACCGCAAAGACUACGUACGACUUUCCAUCCACGAGUCCGCGGGCGAGAAAAAGCUUUCUGUCUCGCUCAUCCCACAGACUCGCGGUACAAUCGGGUAUACACCGUGGCAUUCGUGCGUGGCUGUCGGAUUAGAUGGUUCGUAUCGUACAGUCCAUGCUGAAGAUGUACGGGACACGCACGACCUCAUCUAUAAGAAUGGAAACCCUUACUUCUUCCGCGAGAAGUCCAGUCUCUUCGAUUGGUCUGAAAACGGUUUAUCGGUCAAAUUUGAGCAUCUGUACCCAUCCGGACUCAUCAUUCGGCCUGCCGAUAUCGACAAUGUCAACCCGCCGCCUUCAAUCCGUUCAAUCCCCAUGCAAAAGGUCCGCGGACUAUCAAAUGGCAUGUCGCCAAUUAUCGUGCGUGGAUUUACCGAGACUCUGGAAGAACAUCUCUAUGUUCAAAAGGGAGAAGAACUGGGAACUAUCCUCCCGUGGAGCUUUGGGAUCAUCCAGAAAGUGCGAGACAACGGCCGCUCCGACAAGAUGGGCAACAACGUGACCUCUAACGAGGCGAUGCCGAUGCACUUCGACGGGAUGUUUAAAUUCGAAGAGAUCACAGACCCGGAAACAGGUGAGAGAAAGAAAGUCCAACGCCCACCGGGCUAUCAGUUCUUCACUUGUCCUGCGACUGCACCGAAGGGGAAUGGUUAUACCUUGUUUGCGAGCUCCAGACUCUUUUUCCGAUACCUUCCUCCCCCAUGGUCCACUGAGCGUCUUGAGAAGGUUACCUGGGCCAUGGAUAAUGACGGAUUUUGGGAUGCGAAGCUCAAAGACCAGCCCUUGAUCGUGAAACAUCCCAUCUCCGGACUGCCUUGUCUGCGUUGGCAUCAGCCAUGGGACUCGACCAAGACCAAGUUCUCGACCUGUGAUGUCACCAUUGAGAAUGAUGAUAAUGGGCUGGUCGGAAUUAUUGAUCGCAUCACUUACGACUACAGGGUUUGUCUUCGCUUUGGAUGGGAGAAGGGCGAUCUGCUGGUGAGUGACAACACUGCCAUGCUCCAUACCCGCACUGGGUAUAUCAGCAACUGCGAUCGGGAACUGUGGCGAAUUCACUGUGAUUGA